CAAUCCAUAAGUAAUACUGACGUCUGCAGAGUCUGACUCUCAGCCGAGUUCCCCGACUCUACCCAGCGUUUAUUGACAAGAUUAUUCCCGUCAUUCUUAGUUUAGCUAAAUGGUAUAGUCGUUGUGCAUUCUCAAUGGACAUUUGGGUCUUUUCGUAAAUUCGCUCUGGCUAUCUACAGUACUCUGAUUUCAGAGCACUCUCCUCUGAGUGUAAUGAAUGUAUGAGCGCUCAACCCCCAUUGAAUAUGGCUGGUGUCAGUAAACUUCAGCAAAAGAGCGUAAUUUACAGUCACAGUUACAGUCACCAACGCUCUGGAAAACUGCCUAACCAGCUCUGCUAGGUGGGAAGCCCUAAGUAGUUCACAAGACCUCCUAGGAAGUGAGCUGGAAGGAAAGAAAGGAGCCAGGUUGCAAGAAAACAGAUGAAAGAAGAAGGGGCAACAAUGUCGGAUGAAGGGGCAAUGGCGUCCGGGGAAGGGGCAACGGCUUCGGAAGAAGGGGAAGGGGCAACGGCUUCGGAAGAAGGGGAAGGGGCAAUGGAGUCGGAAGAAGGGGCAAUGGAUGCCACUGGUAGUGAAGAGGAGUCUGAUGAAGCCUUGUCUAAUGGCAGCCCCAUACCACCUAAGAGGGGAAGGGGUAGGCCCAAAGGAUCAGGCUCCAAGAAACCUAAGAUACUGAGGGUACUAGACAAGCAGCCACGGGGCAGGCCACGUAAAGUGGUUGACCCUAAUGCUGUUUCAGCAGAGACAACUGCACCUUUGAAGUGUGGCCGGCCCAAAAAAGUUCAGCAAAAAAAAAAACUGGGUAGGCCGAGGAAGUACCUGCUGUCACCCGAGGAGGAAGAGGAGAGAAAGAUACUGAAAAGCCAACCUAGAGUGUGGAAGCCGCUCGGAAGGCCGCGCAUCCAUCCCCGCGGGGAUCCCCCUGCCACACCCACCUCUGCCGAGCCACGGAGAAGAGGCCGUCCACUCAAGGCAUCAACAGUUAGAGGUGCCCACUUACAGAAGAACCCACCUCCAACUUCUAAAGUUUCAAAGCCCCCCGCUAAAGAUGAUUCCCCGCGAAAGAGUGGCCGCCCCUUAGGCUCCUUCAAAGCCAAGAGAGCAGCAGAGACGGAUAGGUCCAACAGUUCACCCUCAGCCAAACAGGGUUGCACUGUUUCUCCAAUAGUAAGGCUUUACCGCUGCUCCAACGGUAAAGCAAAUGUGUUCGAUGAAGCUGCCUUCCAAGCCCAGAGGCAAAAAGGCAAGAGAAAGUCUGUGAACGUUGAUUAUACAGCGUAUGAUUCAGAGGAGGAAAAUGAAGAUACACAGAGAAAUGAGGAUGAAGUCUUUUCUCUAGUAGAAGAUGACAAAGAAGAGGAAAUUAAACCACGCAAUGGUCAUGGCAAGGCUAGUAAACCUGGUAAGGUAGUGGCAGCUAUUAAGAAAAAAGAAGUGGUUGUUCCUAAGAGGGGGGGCAGAAAGCCUGGCUCAAUCAAAAAGGUUGUAAAGUAAAAGGAACCUGGGCGGAGCAGACUGAACGAGUAUCAGUAGCAUCUUGUAAGAUGUUUUUUUAACAUUUUAUUAUCUCUUACCCAGCUCUUUUUUGCUUUCUCAACUAACCUAUGUGUCUGUUGGUCUUGCUGUUAUUUUUUAUGGUUUGAUGCCUUCGUGGAAACCUUGUGGAAAAGAAAAGUACUUGUUGUACUUCCUUGGUCAUCUAUAGCUUGAAUGAUGUGAAGACAAUUUCAUUGACAGUUGUUAAUCUUGUAUUAUUCUGUUCAGACUUAUCCCAUUUAGAUUUUUUCACUGGUACUGUCAUUGAUACAGUUUCUAAUUCCAUACACAUCCUAUAGUUGAUGAUAUUCUCAUUGAGGUUUGUUAAUCUUGUAUUGGUCUGUGCAGAUUUGUCCAAAUAAGCUCAAAUGGUUUAAAUCAAUUGAAUUAGUUAAGUAUUUUGUUUUUUGUUUUUUAUCUCUCCGUAAGCUCUGUAGUUUUCGAAUUGCUAAUGUCUUCUAAUUUUAUUUGCCUGAAUUGCCAAAGCUUUGAAUGUAACAACUUCCCCGUCCCAGCUAUCUUUGUUUCGAUAUAGAUGUUGUUAGUAUCACUAUCAUGGCACCCUUUUACCUAUAAAGUGCACUACUUUUGACCAAAGCCCCAUGGACCCUGGUCAAAAGUAAUGCACUAUAAGGGGAAUAUGGUGCCAUUUGGGACUGUACCCUAAUCAUAGUUGUUUUCUUUCACUUGGUUCAUUGCAUACUUCACCUUGUGGAGUCAAGACGGUACCUGUAAACUUCCAAUCCAUCAUCCUUAAGAUUUCUCUUAGAAGAUGUAUGGUUAUUCACUAUUGUGAUGGUUUUGUUUGCCAGUAUCAUCCUUGUAAUUCACUCAACAUCACUCCUCACAGUUCUUUUUAAGACUUUUUAUGUCAGCUCUUUUUACUUGUUUUUUAUCACUUGGCUUUCAUCUGAAGUGGAUGGCUUGGUUUCACAGACUCUGGGUGAUGUUGUGUGUAAAUGUUCAGAUUGUAUGUUAAACAUGUCUUCAUCUAGUCUGGUAUUUGUUUAUUUAAUUAAGUAUGUGCUGGACCAUGAUAUCAACAGUUCAUAUUGCAUUACAACUUCGUAAAUUCUGUAAUAUAAAAAUAGUAAUUGAGGUACACAACAGAAUCUAUCAUUUGUAUGAAUUCAUGUUCCUGUGACCAAAGCUUGUUAGUUUCAUGUUUUCAACUUGGUCUCUCAACUUGGUCUGUUGCUUGGAUUAAUACAAUGUUCUUCAAGAUGCAGUUAGAACUAUAGAGAUACAUACCGUAAGUUUUACCUAUGUAUUUAUCUCUGUGAUCAGAAACAGGUCUGUGAAACCUCCCCAACGUUCAUUUGAGGGUAAUGUGAAUUUCUGUUUUUUUAGAGAGAGCAAAUAUUUAGAAAGUUUCAUGUAAUAAAGUGAAAUGUCAAACUUUGUUUUUGAUGUUUUUAAUCUCAAUAAAACCUAAAAUAUGACU